GAUAAGCAUCGUAGCUAGACUAUAUGAGGAGGGCUUCCCUCGCCUCGACCAUAGUGAAGAAAGUCUCCCUUGAAACAUUCUUCCGAAUUUAUUUCCUUCAUUCUUUUUCUUUCCGCCCCUAGAAUCUCGUUUUUGACACUGUUGCAAUGGAUACCCAGUCUCUUUUCAAUGUGGAGGGCAAAGUGGUGCUGGUCACCGGCGGAGCCAAAGGCAUUGGGCGUAUGAUCUCCGAAGGUUACGUCACCAACGGCGCAACAGUUUACAUCUCGUCUCGAGAUGCCAAGGCUUGCGAGAAGGCCGUGCAGGAGCUGAAUGCUAUUGGCCGGGGAAAGGCGUAUGCUAUUCCCGCGGACUUCUACAAGGAGGAGGAAUGCAAGAGGCUAGCUGAGGAGAUUGCCAAGCGCGAAAGCAAGCUUCAUGUCCUCGUGAACAACUCCGGGUCAAACUGGGGUGCUCCUUACGAUGAAUAUCCCUCAUCUGCAUGGACCAGAGUCCUCACUCUGAACCUUCAACGAGUCUUUGAUCUUACCAAGCUCCUUACGCCCCUUCUCGAGAAGGCUGGUGCGCCGAAUGAUCCAGCUCGCAUAAUUAACAUCGGUAGCAUUGAUGGGCUGAGAGUACCGGCUCUGGAGACGUUCGCAUACAGUGCUAGCAAGGCUGGCUUGCAUCAUCUGAGCCGUGUCCUCGCACAUCACCUUGGCAAGAGGAAUAUCACAUCCAACACUCUGGCGUGCGGUCCCUUCGAGAGCAAGAUGAUGGCCGCCACCUUGGAGAAAUUCCGGGAUGCUAUCGAAGGUGCUAACCCGCUGGGCCGUAUUGGCACGCCUCAGGAUGUUGCUGGUGCUUGCCUUUUCCUCAGCAGUCGGGCCGGUGCGUACAUCAAUGGUGCGACGAUCGCGGUGGACGGUGGUAGCGCGAUUGCUGCGAAGAUGUAGACAACAUACACAACCAGCUUAGCGCAGACUAGAAAAGCAAAACCGUUUGAAUGGACACGCUUAUCAUAACCUAUUCAAGAAGGUCUUGCCGAGUUUAUCUCAGAUCAUUGCCUUCGUUGUGGCUGCCUUCCACUGUUAUGAGCAGUUGAGCAGGGGUUGCAUACAAGAAGUCUUGGUCUUCUGGGAAUAAUAAUAGCUACACAGGGUCAACAAUAUCCACGUGUCUAAUCUAACUUCUGCAC